GUUUAAUUGGCCAAUCACGGAAGUCGGUUGAACCAGGUUGAGGGUUCAACUUGGCAAGUGCGUUAAAACCUCAUCGACCUUCAAUUCCCGAAGCUCCAGGACAAGCAAAUAAAAUCACUUCAAUCUCCUCUCACCCCCAAACCCGGCUCUUUUUUUUUUCUUCUUUUCAUUAACUCUCGCAAUGGCCUCCCGCUUGGCUACCCGUGCCUUCGGAGCCGCCCUUCUACGGCCUUCGGUCUCUUCGCGAACUCUUCCCGCAGUCACCGCCGCAUUGACUGCUACCCGACCCGCAUCCAACCUUCCCGAUCCCAAGGUUAAGGCCCAGUCUAUCAUUGACUCUUUACCCGGCAACUCCCUCGUUUCCAAGACUGCCAUCCUUUCCUCCGCUGCCGGUCUGUCUGUCUACGCCAUUAGCAAUGAGUACUACGUCGUGAACGAAGAGACCAUCGUCGCCUUCUGCUUGCUCAGCGUCUGGGGUGCUCUGAUCAAGUAUGGUGGUCCCCUGUACACGCAAUGGGCCGAGGCACACAACGAGAGGAUCAAGAACAUCCUGAACGCCGCGCGCGCCGACCACACCCAGGCCGUCAAGAACCGCAUCGAGAACGUUAAGCAGAUGGCAAGUGUCGUCGAUAUCACCAAGGCUCUCUUCGAAGUCUCCAAGGAGACCGCUAGAAUUGAGGCCCAGGUGUACGAGCUCGAGCAGACCACUGCUUUAGCGGCCGAGGCCAAGUCUGUUUUGGAUUCGUGGGUACGAUACGAAAGCCAAGUCAGGCAGCGCCAGCAGAGAGAGUUGGCCGAGACGGUUAUGUCCAAGGUGAAGAAGGAGCUCGAGAACCCCAAGAUUCUCCAGCAAAUCCUACAACAAAGUGUUGCCGACGUAGAGAGUAAGAGUCAACUCUGCCCGGUCUCAUCGCAUAAGCUAACAAGUUUCUAGGAAUUGUGUCCUCCAAGGCCCAAUAGACAAGCCAGUUUAGACAGAUACUCCCAUGGCGCAGACAAAGAUCUCUUUUGUCCCCUCCUGUGUUUAUAAACACCUUGUGCAUUAGUCAAAAGAAACUACCUAUCUUACCAAUACUGACCUUGCAACAUCUUGUGAUACCUUAUAUGGUAGUCCUGCAUACCAACAGAAUGUGGGAACUUAGAAAAAUACU